GGUUAUGGAUUUAUAAGUGCAUGCAUGGAGAAUGAGUGAAAUGGAAAUGGGAGAUUUCUACAAACUACACUAUGGAUUCUUACUGGAUGUUCAAUAAGAAGCUUAAAGACCAUGAUAAUAUGUUUAAAGACUUUUUUUGCGAGAACACUUUUAGAAAGCCAGUCGUCACAUCAAGGUAUUUGUAAAGGCUUGAAUCACAGUGACACUGAUCCUCUGACAUUUGGAAAGCCGAUAACUCUUCGCGUUGAACCAAAGGAUGUGCCUAGGUCUUUGCCUACUUUAUCAAUAUUAACCUCUCAUGGCAGCAAUGAGAAGCUGGAAACAUGUCUGGCUGCAGGCUUCUUUCCAAAAGAAGGCGAAGUAUCUCUGUACACAGGUGACAAUGUUACGCCUGAAAAUCACACUGUUGAAAAUGCUGCGAUGUCCGCAGCUGGGACUUAUUACUAUGCUGCAUUUUCCAAAGAUGGAAUAAAAAAAUGUGCAAUGAAAGAUGUUUCCCUUGAUAAAAACGAUGUAAAACCCACAGCACAAAUCCCAUCCUGUGACCAGAACAGCACUCUCGGUAUCAGUACUUCUAAUAAUCUGACCAGUCCAAACAAAAUCAAAAUUUCUGGUGAUCCUAAGGGGAACACCAUGCUUUUGAUUGUGACUGGUCUCAGACUUCUGUUGGCUAAAGCAGUUGGUAUAAAUAUAUUGAUGACAAUUAAAGCAUUUCUUGUCUAAAGUUAGACAAGUCCAGAACCUUCCCUUCAACCUUCUGCCUAAUCUAAUACUGCUGAUAUUCAACUACACAGCAAAACCUCCAGUAAAUUAACAUUUAUGCUGUUUAUAUAAGUUUAUAUAAGAUGGACAGAAAUGAAAGCUGUAGACAGUUAAUUUCCAAAUUGUAAGUGUUCAUAGGUGUUCAUUGACAUUUCCUAAGAAAAUAACAUUUUAUGUUUUUGAAAAGCUUAUUUCCUGCAUUCAUAUUCUUCGGUUUGAUGCAUAAAUUUCGAACUAUGUGGUUAAAAUGUAAAUAUUUCAUUUAGUACAAUUUAUAUUCAUACACUUGUUAAGUUUGAUAAAAAGCAGAUAUUUGAACAAGCAGUCAUUUCCCAUGAUAUUUCUGUAUGAUGUUUAAUUUCAAUAUUCUUUACUUUAACUGUCCUAUUUGCUAUAUUUAUCUUAUAUACAUUCUUAUUGAUAUGUUGUCUAUAUGAAACAGAGUGUGCAUAUGGGGUUAAAAAGAAAUAGUGCAACAUGCAAGUUGUUGCAUUAACCACAGGUUUAACAGCAAAUAACCCUGCAAGGCACGAUGUAAACCUCACGCUCAGAUAACAAUCUAGCACACAUUUUAAGAAACGCUGUGUUUCAUCAUUAUGCAUAAUUCUCAAGUGAGCACUUUGUCUGCAAUGAAGAAACAAGCAACAGCAAGUUCAUGCUUAAUUCAAUGCUCAUUCUUUGGCUUCAUGUAUAGCAGAAAUAUAUUGCUGCAAUCUAAUAACCUUCCAUUAAGUUUUAUAUUUGUGUAUGCUUUUAAUGAUUUGGAUCUAGGCAAAAAGAACAAUUGUUUUUAUGAAUCUACUAUGAAUCUAAAUAAAAAGAACAAUCAUGA